CAAAGGGUUUGAAGUCCACGCUACGCGGAAAGAGCAGCUAGCUAAGCUAAGCUAAUUAGAGCUCCGCAUCUGUGCCCCGCUACCGGACGCCGACUUUACGCAAACACUGUCGGUGAAGUAACUGCUGCGCUGACGCCAAGUCUUUAUUUCAAAAUCGCUCCGAAAUUACUUUUUUUUUGAGUUGUCAGUACAACAUUGAAAUGUACGAAACCGGGACGUAGGCGGUCUGUCCCAAGACGCUCCUUGUACUUUUGCAGCUUUUAAAGGCCUCGGGUCGUGUUUUUUUUCCGUAUUGUUUCGUUAAUUGAAUUACGCGCUGCUGCUGUUGCCGCUACGCGGAUCCGAAAGUGGACGUUAACGACCGUCAUGGACGGGAAAGAAAAAAGCACAGAGAAUGGUUUUAUUUCAGCGACUGCAGUGUUACUGCUUCUAAUCUCAGUAUGCGGCUCGGUGUGUAGCGCCGAGCAGGCGUCCUGUAGCGGCGUUUUUGAUCUCUACUUCGUGUUAGAUAGGUCUGGAAGUGUGGCACAUAACUGGCAUGAGAUUUAUGAAUUUGUAGAGCAACUCACCCAUAGAUUUGUGAGCCCAAGGACAAGAGUGUCAUUCAUUGUUUUCUCCUCUAAGGCAGAAGUAAUGUUGCCACUCACUGGAAACAGCUAUGAAAUAGAAAAAGGGCUACUGCGAUUAAGUCAAGUGAAACCGUCAGGUGAAACAUACAUGCAUGAAGGAUUUCAGAAGGUGACAGAACAGAUGAAGGAUCAGAAAUCAAAGUCUUCCAGCAUUAUUAUUGGCUUAACUGAUGGGAAGCUGGAUGGCUUUCUCCACCAAAUGACAGUGAAAGAGGCAAAUAUUGCACGAGACUAUGGUGCGAGAGUUUACUGUGUUGGCGUGAAGGAUUUCGAUGAGAAUCAGCUCGGAGAUGUGGCUGACUCGAAAGAACAGGUUUUCCCUGUUAGAGAUGGCUUUCAGGCACUCAGAGGCAUUGUGAAUUCGAUUUUGAAGCGGUCCUGUAUAGAGGUACUUUCAGUGGAACCGACCAGCGUCUGCGUGAAUGAAUCCUUCACUGUUGUGGUGAGAGGAAAUGGUUUCGGGAUGGGAAAAGGCACGGAAGGAGCACUCUGCAGAUACAUAAUCAACGGCCAGAUCUAUGAUGAGAAGCCAACCGAAGCGUACGACUAUUAUAUCCUUUGUCCCACACACAAGCUGCACGAAGUCGGAGAACAGAUGACCGUACAGAUCAGUCUGAACAGGGGCCAGUCCUUCAUUGCAAAUGAAAACAUCUCUGCCACGACAUGUUCCAGCGGCAUAGGGGUGCUCAUCUUCUUCCUGGUGCUGCUCCUGCUUGCGGCCCUGGCUGCGAUGUGGUGGUUCUGGCCUCUCUGCUGCACUGUGGUCAUCAGGGACCCUCCUCCAACCCCCCCACCUGCCCCAAAACCUGAGCCUGAGCCAGAUCUACUUCCCAAGAAAAAAUGGCCCACUGUAGAUGCAUCUUACUAUGGGGGAAGAGGAGCCGGAGGAAUCAGACGCAUGGAGGUUCGCUGGGGGGAAAAGGGCUCCACAGAAGAGGGGGCAAGACUCGAGAAAGCCAAAAAUGCUGUGGUGUCCAUCCAGGAGGAGGUCGAAGACCCAGUGAUAAGAAACCCUCCCCCAAGACCCGCCACCACCUGCCAGCACCAUGAAUCUAAGUGGUACACUCCUAUUAAGGGGCGCCUAGAUGCCCUGUGGGCUCUUCUGCGGAGGCAAUAUGACCGAGUUUCUCUAAUGAGACCAACGGGAGAAGACAAGGGUCGUUGUAUUAAUUUUAAUAGAGUCCAAACCUAUUAGACUGAAAACAGGAUGGCCUUUGAAUUACACGGGGAACUACCUGCUGAGGACAAUGGACGAAAGGCAGCCCUCGAGGACGUCACAGCUGAAACCCACAACCACUAUCGUCUUGUGUUCAGUUCGUAAUUUAUAUGCACUUAAGUUUCCCACCUUACCCAAUAAUGUAGAGAAUUUUUUUCCCUAGUUAAAUAUUUUAAGCUUUUGAUCUUUAUAUCUCAGUUAAUUUGAGGAGGAUUUUUUUCUUUGGUGUACAAUUUGCAGAAAAUUGAAAUUUAAUGUGAUGUGUUCCUGCCUCGUAGUUGGUUUUCCUCUUAAGCACUUAUGCCUUAAUGUAUUAUUCUUUGAAAUGUGUUAACUUUCAUUCAGGCCUUGUUUAGUGAAAAGUAACAUAAAAAAAGAAUCAAAAUAUCUUAAAAGUGGAUAUGAGGCUUAAGGCUUUGGCAGUCAUCCAGUGCACCUGUAGGAGGUGCUCAUGCUGCCGUCAGUUAGAUACACCAGUUCACUUGCACCUUUUCCUCAUAGGACUGCGUUUUCAAUUAUCUUCUGGCACAGUAUAACACUGAUCCAAUUCAGAAGGAGAAAAAAUAUUUUGAAAUAAUGUUACAGAUGCCAAAGAGGCCAGAAUGCUUAUGUUCCUGAUGACUUUUUGUGUGUCUGGUUUUGUGUCCUGUACUUUUAUUAUUGGGAAGUAUGGUAAUCUCUAGAUAGACCUGACUAUUUAAGUGUUUGCAGAUGCCUUAAUAUGGAGUUUUCAUAAGGAGAUUUCUGUCUGUUAGUCAUCCGCUCAUGGCUCAUGAGAAUUUCAGGUUAAUUAAUGUAAUUAAUGACUACAAUAAGCAGUAGCCUGUGAAGAUCUCAUAGGGAGACCUAUUACUGUCUAUGAGACUUUGAUGACCACUGUGCCUUUGCAGUACAAUUAAGGGGCAUAAGGAAAAGAAAGAAAAGUCUAUGGCAUCGUGAACAACAAAAUAUUUGACUAUAUAUUAAUUGGAAAAACUUUGCUGGUUAUUGCUUAUUUUGUAAACAUGCUCAGGAUUGGGGGAAAAUUAGAUUAAAUAGAGACAUGAUAGAUUUUUUACAAGCUGAAUGAAAAUGCUAAAUUCCUUGCACUGUAAAUUAUGUGAUUAUGAAGUAAGGUUUGUUAGCUGCAGCAGUAUUGGUGACUGUAAUGGGCCAAGUCAACAGCAGUGUUACAAUCCCUCAAUGAAAAGUAGUGUGAAAAUGAGUAUCAAAGUAUUUGCAACAAUAUUUAUAUAUCUGACCAUGCUUUGUUUUUGUCUUUUUUAUUUGUUUUCCAAUCACAAGGUAGAAACAGUCUUUAAAAUGUUGUUAUAUUCAUAAUUAAAUCAGAUGAGACUUCUUUUUUUCAGAACUUCAGAUUUGUUUUCACAGCAUUAAACCAGGUAUUUAAAUUUUGUCACAGCUUUUUUAUACACUGUUUAUGGUUUUAUAGCUUUAUUACUACAAAUGGUUACGCUCAGUCACAUUUCCUUUUUUUUUUUUUUUUUUUUUUUUUUUUUUUUUUUAAAGUACUGCUAUUUGUAAAGUUUGAACACACUUGUAUGGGGUCAUGAAGUGUACACAAAAAGAAUCAAAAUAGCAUUAAAGUGGAUAUGAGGCUUUUUGGGAAUUCUGCAAGCACCCAGUACACCUGUAGGAGGUGGCUCAUGCUGCCAUCAGUCAAAGAUACACCAGUUCACUUGCAAGAGGCCAAAAUGCUUAUUUUCCUGAUGACUUUUUGGUUUUAUUGUGUCCUGUACUUUUAUUAUAGGGAAGUUUGGUAAUCUCGAGAUAGACCUAUUUUAUAAGUGUCUGGAGAUGCCUUAAUAUGGAGUUUUCAUAAGAAUAUUUUGUCUAUACAGAUUUCUGUCUGUUAGUCAUCCACUCAUGGCUCAUGAGAAUUUCAGGUUAAUUGAUAUAAUUAGUGACUACAAUAAGCAGUCAUUAAUUACAGAUAAUAAAUAUGCAGUACUGAUAUUUGUAAAGUUUGAACAAACUUGGAUGAGGCCAAGAAGUGUACACAGAAGUUUGCUUUUCACUUCAUUGUUGACCUAAACAUGGUAAACCCUUGCACACAUUUUGAAAAUUACAAUCUUUUUUUCUACGUUAAUUUCAUAUUGUUAGACCAACAUUGUUUAUUAGUGUAUUUGCUUCUUCUUUGUUUGUUUGUUAAACAUUGAGUGUUUGAUGUGUUCGGAAAGAUUCCAUAUCGCGGUGUAGUGCUGAACAUGUGGACUGAAUAAUAUUCUGCUAAUUCUUAGCUUCCUGUUUUUAAAAGUAAUUGUGCAUCUACUGUUUUGUCAUUGUCUGCAUGCCUUGAGCAGAUGGAUCACAUCCUGCAUGAUGUAUUUAACCCAAGGAAGUUAUUUCUUGGCAUGAUCUAUCCAAGCAUCCAUUUUGGGGCCAACAGAUGAGCUUCAGAAGCAGUAGGCUUUCCAGAAUGAGUGAGGUCCUGGGAUUUAAUGAGUGCAUCCUCGGUAGCAUCUCUGACCAUAUUGUUGGUUGAACAAGGCAGUGGUGCUGAAAUUAUGAUAUAUUGCAACAUACAGAAUUUCAAAUGUCUGAGUCAUAUUUUACAGUGAACAGUGUUUGAGUACAAGUACAGACGUUGUUUUGGUUUCACUGUGACUUUAGUGCCUUUUGAGCUUUUAUAAAUGCUUUUAUACCUUAGCAUUAACACUGUUUUGUAUUUUUGGUAUUGCUUACUAUCAAUCAUGCAAUGUUAGAAAAAUAAAAGCAUCUUUCUGAUUAUGCCA